UCUGUGGUCUGAUCCCUCCUUCCUUCCGGCCAGGGCCAAGCUAUCGCGCAUGCGCAGGAAGCACUUCCUUCUUUGUGUCCAGGCCUGACGGGAAGAUGGCUAAGCGCACCAAGAAAGUUGGGAUUGUGGGUAAAUAUGGUACCCGUUAUGGUGCUUCACUCAGGAAAAUGGUAAAGAAAAUUGAAAUUAGCCAGCAUGCCAAGUAUACCUGCUCCUUCUGUGGCAAGACCAAAAUGAAGAGGAAAGCUGUAGGUAUCUGGCAUUGUGGAUCCUGUAUGAAGACAGUAGCUGGUGGUGCCUGGACCUAUAACACCACCUCUGCAGUGACAGUCAAAUCUGCCAUCAGAAGACUGAAGGAACUGAAAGACCAGUAGAAGCUUCUACUUGUUACCAUGAUUCAUACCUUCCUUUUCCAGAGUCUGAAAAUCUCUACCAUUCUUUUGUCAAUUAAAAGGGUGUAGUAGAAUGGAA